UACUGGGAAACUAUCUCAAAUCAGUUGUGGACGAGGUUGGCUCAAGUAAUGCAAAUGCACAAUGACAGCGUCAAGGCGCUCGAUGUGAAACGUAUGCAAACAGCUAUAGAUACUAGGCCGCACUACAUAGUGCGUCGCUAUGCAGAACUUACCUGUGCAUUCCUAGUAGUUACGGAGUCCAGUGGACGAGAGGUUGGACAGAAGAUGGAAGCAAUUUUGGAAUCAUGUGAAGAUGCUGUUGAGCAAUUACUUUUGAGAAUGUCAGCAACACUACCGUCCACUCGUGAUCGCCUCGUAUUUUUGAUCAACAAUUACGAUUUAACAUUGACCAUAAUAGACGAAAGAGUUGUACAAGACAGCAGAAUACAUUCCAUUAUCCAUGAAUUAGAGCAGAAGGCUAUAGGAGAAUUUGUAGAGGCCACUUUGCAACCACAUUUUUCACCACUGCUUUCAUUUGUGAGUGAAUGUGAGCCUUUAGUACAACAAGGACAUACGCAUUUGCUUGUUAGAUACAAUGGUGAGUACAUCCUUGUCAUAUUCUUUUGUUUAUUAACUCGCUUUUUUGGUCAAGCUUGGACGAAAUGGUCGCCACCCUAA